AUGGAGGCACUUGGGAAUUUGGCAUUCGACAGAGGAAGGAAGUGUUACCAUUUGCGUGAUAAUCUAAGGUCGCUCGAAACGAAGUUGCAAAGAUUAAGCAACAGGAAAAUUGACUUCGAGUCGAAAGUGAAAGUUGCAGAAAGAUCAGGUACUAAGAAAAGGAAAAGGGAGGUUGAGAAUUGGUUUGAGGAGGUAGCAAAAUUAGAGAAUGAAUUCGUUGCAUUGAAAACGAGGGUAGAACAGGGUAAUCUUCUAAAAAAUGCAUUUAGCAGUGGGGAUGGAGUGGAGAAAAUGGACGAGAUUGUAGAGCAACUGAUGGUGCAAAGUGAUAGUGAUCAUUUUGCUGAGCUUUGCCUUGAGGCUUCUGAGAGCAGAGGUGAGCCACGAGUGACAACAGAAUUAUUUGGGAAAAUGUUUUGCAAAGGUCUGGAAACAAUCCCGGCAUGGUUGGACACCAAUGAGAUCUUAAGGAUUGGGAUAUGGGGGAUGGGAGGUGUGGGUAAGACUACUUUGGCGGAACACAUCCAUAAUCAUCUCCUUGAGAAUACUCAAUUCAAGGUUUAUUGGAUUUCUGUCUCUCAAGAUUUUAGCAUCGAAAAGCUGCAAGGUGACAUUGCUAAACGCCUAAGGCUUGAUCUGUCAAACGUGGAUGAUGAAGGAGCAAGGGCACGUAGGUUGCGUGACGCAUUCGAGAAAAUGGAGGAAAUGGUAGUGCUCAUAUUGGAUGAUGUUUGGGAAGACUUUGGUUUAGACAGGUUAGGGAUUCCUCUUGAUGCAAGAAAUUGCAGAUUGAUUUUGACUACACGCUCAAAAGAAGUGUGCAACCGGAUGCAAUGCCAUAGCAAUUUUGAGUUGAAAACCUUGGACACGGAGGAAGCUUGGGGUUUGUUCGAGCGUACACUUGGCAGCGAGACCUCGCUUGAUGGAGGUUUGAAAGAUAUUGCCAAGUCCAUCAUGGAAAGGUGUGAUGGUUUGCCUCUUGGUAUUGUCACAGUGGCUGGGAGCAUGAGAGGUUUGAGAGACAUCUAUGAAUGGAGAAAUGCAUUGGAAGACUUGAAAGCAUGUUCAAUAGGGCAUGACAAGAUGGAAAAAAAGGUGUUUCGCAUCCUGGAAUGGAGUUUCAAUCGCCUGAAUAAAUGUGAAAAGAAUUGCUUCUUGUAUUGCUGUCUUUAUCCAGAAGAUAGUGAUAUAAAAAGGGAGAAACUAAUAGACCUGUUAAUUUGGGCAGAGCUGAUGUCAAAACGGGACUCAAGGUCAAAAGCAUUUGAUGAAGGUCAAACGAUAUUAAACAAACUGAUAAGAGUUUGCUUGCUGGAAGAAACAAAAGAUUCCAAAGGGGAUGACUGUGUAAAGAUGCAUGAUUUGGUCAGAGACAUGGCAUUAAGGAUCACAAAUGGAAACUCCACACCAGAGAGCAGCAGAGAUGAUGUACCCCGAUUCUUGGUGAAAAGCUUAGGAUGGAGACGUUCAAAAGUAAUACUGGAACAAGAAGAGUGGACACAAGAUCUCCGUGCAGUUUCCUUCUGUUCAAAAAAUUUCAAAGGAAUAGAAAUUCCACCAGCCUGGUCACCAAAUUGUCCUAAGCUCUCCACCUUGCUUCUUUCUCGGGUUUUCCUAAAAGAAAUCCCAGAUUCGUUCUUUCAGCACAUGUGUGCACUUAAAGUUCUGAAUCUACAAGGGUGCAAAGGUAUAACAGAGUUGCCUAAUUGUGUUUCAGACAUGGUGAAUCUCACUGCUUUGAUUUUGGGACAUUGUGCAGACCUCAUGUCUGUGCCACCACUGGGAAAACUCAAGCAAUUGAGGGAAUUGAAUCUUUCCAAAACUAAGAUUCAGGAUUUACCUCAAGGUUGGGAGUCACUGGUCAAUCUCGAAAGGCUUAAUUUGGACGAGUGUCGGACUUUAAGUUUAAAGAUAUUACCAAAAGGGACAUUUUCCCAAUUCCACCGUCUUCAACUGCUAAUAUUGCCACCCUUUGGUAAGGUACAAGUUAAUGAUCCGGAAGUGCUGAACCAAUUAGAAGGUUUCAUAGGAUGUUUGUCUUUUACGGACUUCUACAAAAUUACUCGGUGGCCAAAAUACUAUAAUGUUUAUAUCAAUGACAUCUUAACUAAGAGUCGGGGUUAUAUGUAUUACCAGAAACAACUGUAUUUCCAUCAGUGCAAGCUUGGUAGAGGAUCGAACUAUCUGCCAGAUGAUAUGAAAAGUCUGAGAAUCCAGGAUUGUGAGGGCAUGGGCAUUAGGUGCUUGUCAGAUGCUUUUAGGAAUUUUAUAAAUUUAAGCCACUUAUUUGCAUUGUAUAUUGUUGAUUCAGUUGGAAUAGAGUUCCUCUGGCAAUUGUCCCCUGCUUCUCCACAUGAUCAGUUGGAAGUCUCGUCUCUUAGUCCACUCUGUCAUCUCGAACGGCUAGGGCUCUCCAGGUUACCAAACCUGGUUGGUCUUUUUUACGGAGGAUCAGGACCAUAUUUGCUUCCUGUUGGCACCUUUUCUUCCCUCAAAAUAAUGUGGAUUCAUGAAUGUCACAACAUGAAGCAGCUAUUCACAGUGCAGUUGUUGCAGACCCUUCAAAAUCUUGGAAAUUUAAACGUUAAAGACUGUGAAGGAUUGGAGGAGAUAGCAGCAGAUGGCUAUGGAGUAGGGCAAGAAGGAGGAGAAGGCAUCCAAUUGGCUUCAAGUGAAGCCACCGCCACUGUCAUCCUUCCAAAAUUAAGGAGAUUGACUCUGAAUAGGCUGCCGCAACUGAAGAACAUUUGCAAGGCAGCCAUGAUAUGCAAUUCCAUUAAGGAGAUUGAAGUAUUCGAUUGUCCAAAGGUAAAGAGGCUUCCUUCGUUUCUUUCCUCCAUUGACGGACCACCAUGUCCUCCUAGCAAACUUGGGAUGAUCAGGGGAGAUAAAGAAUGGUGGGAAUCGUUAGAGUGGGACAAUUCCUACCCAAAAAAUGCCAUUGACCCACUUUUUAGAGCAAGGUGAUGAAGUUCGAACUGGGUGUUGAAGGCCACCUAUUUGAUCAAAAUCCGGAUUGGUUCUUAUGUUACUCGGUAGCCACAAACUUGCUGCUGCAGCCUGCAAGAGAGGUGAUGUUGCAAAAAUAAGUGUUAAUUGAAGCCCUGUCCACCAGUACCAAAUUUCCUUUCAAGACGUGCUUCUUCUUUA